GCAGGGGCGCGGCAAGCAAAAGAAAGCCAUGACUUGUUUGUGGGAUGGGGAAAAGGGAGCUAGGAUUCAUAUGUGCGCAACUUUGCACCGCCAGGGUCUAACCACUUGUGCGGGGUAUGCGGUUCGCCCGGUACUUCCGCUUGCUUCGCGGUGUGCUUGCAGGUCGGGAGAGUAGGUAUAACUCCCAGAUCCCUCCUCCUCCCACCAAGGUCCCUCCUUCCCCUCUCCCGUCUCUUGGUUUGUUCUCCCCGCCAGCUGGACCUUUGCACGAUAGAGAGAGCCGCCGCAGUCACUCGUUUACCUCACUAUUCAAUCCUCGGUGUCCAUCUCUCUUCUCUAUUCGUUCGCUCUCUAUCACAACGCCUCCUCGGCCUCGCCCCCCAUUACUUGCUUUCAUUCCAACCUGUAUCUGCCGGCACCUGGAGUGGCGUCAUACAGCCUGUCGUCACCCACGCUGCCAAUAAUCAUCCCUCCUCAGCUGAGCCGGGCGCAUCAAUUUUCACGGAAAAUCCAAAUUUGGCAACACAACGUCGCGCAUCGCUCUGAUUGGACGAACCCAAGCCGGCUACUGGGCAGAAAGAAACGGGAAACAGGCUCAGCCGCAGUAAGCGUCGAGAGGAAGGGAGACCAACGAGGGAGGAAAAAAUCGAUCGGCGCAUUCUUCGAUAAACAUUUCUCCGAGACCUUCGGGGCCGCUGAGAAGCCGACGCCAUCCAUCCGGCUCGGGAGCAAGGUGCAGCAGCAGCAGCAGCAGCACACCCACCCGCAACGAGGAACAAACGAUCCAUUGGCUCCGACAAACAAACACUGAGCUUGGUACCUUGCACUGCGCGGGGCCCGUGCGACAUUUCGAUCCCACCAAGACCUGCAGGCACACUCCCUGCCCUGGGGCCUUACACACGCCCACCCCAUUAUCACACCACACCAACGGCGGGCAAGCACACCAUCCACACCCCCUUGUCCCGUUGCGACUCUCGUCCCGUCCGACGCCCAACCAAUGCGACGAGACUUGACUUGUGUCCCAGAUCCGGAUCGCAAGUAAUCAACAAAACCCGGGACUGCCCACCCUCACCCACGCGACGCGUUGGACACGAUAACAUUUAGCCUUAUUCGUCGCCCACCCCCCCACAUUUUGGAGGCCAUCGUCCAUCGUCCAUCGUGUUGCUCUCGCCGGCCGAUUUUCUCACCUUUUCCCCUUGCGGGCUUCGUCUUUGUGUAUCGCAUCUUUGCGAUCCUCCAGCCCUCGCGCCUUGUGGGACUGGAGACUGGUCUAGACUUUUCCUGUCCGAAAACACAAAUCCUAGCCUUGCGCUCUCCCGGCCAAGUCAGCCAGCGUGUGAGACCAAGGAGGUUCCACGAGGCCCGAUAUUGCGGCCACACCGGGACGGACCCAAGGCCACUUCCUCCACACAAACCCGUUCGGUUUCCCCCGCUGUUGUUCGUUAUCACCCCUGGUCGCAUAUCGCCCACUCUGCCGUAUCUGGACGACAGCCUGCCUCAUAAGAAGUUCUUCUCGGACACAGUCAACACUGCCUCCAUGAAAACGGUUCGCAAACCGCGCCCCAGCCAUAUCGACUGCGCAACCACGCUUCCGCAGCAUCUUUCACGUGCCGGCGACGAUCCGUCGACUACGACGCCUUUAUCCAUCAUUCUCCGACGAGGCGGGACCACACAGCCCGCUCUUUGCCAUCCACCAAAAAACCCCACUGAUCUUGACAGACACCGAACACGGAUUUGACUCGGGUGUUUCCUUUUCAUUCCAGUUUCCUCCUGUUCUUAGCGUUCUCUGUUUCGAGCCGGGUUUCCUUCCUGGGAAGUCUAGGCGCGAGGUCAAGGUGGAUCCUUGCCUGACGACCGCAACCACCAUCUUGCCCUCUGAGAGGAUCCUCGCUGGACGUUUCUUUCGGCAUUGACCCGCGUCGACCGCCUCAGCGCACCGCAUCCAUUGGACUUCCUCUUGGCUUCGGGCGCUGGACUGCUCGACGUCAUCUUGAGUCGACAGUUCAAACAAGUAGACAGAAACCAAAACACCGACUAGCUCUCUCAUAGACAAGAUGAGCUUCACCCAGCGGGUACCCGCGCUUUUGGGCGCCACCGCCAUUGUGGCCACGACGGCAUUGGUCGUGGUGCACAUAAUCCUGGCGCAAGCCCUGAGGUCAGCACCCUCAACCCCGUUGAGAGUCACCGAUAUUGCUGCCUCGGUGCUCGAAGCAGCCGUCCUUGCCAUGUUUGGCUGGGUGUUCUCGCUGCACGUCAACACACGGGCCAAGAACCCCUUUGACAGCCACGGCCUCGUCUGGUUCGGGCUGUUGACGCUCGUCUGCGUAACCUCUGCUACAGUCUCGGCGGCCGCAAUGGUGUGCCUCAGCAGCGCGGCAAGCAGCCUGCCCGACACCAUCAUGGGAUCCGCCGCGAUCCCGUUCCUGGUUGGCGGCUCUGUCACUCUUGGAGUGACCUUUGCUCUGCAGCUCAUCUUCCUUGUCUCGCACUUUGCUCUGCACAGGAUGCUCGGCAUCGGUCGGGCGGCCGACGACCUGGAGCAGGGCAGCCAGAGGAUGCCAGCGCAGAUCAAGUCCAUCCCCUACAGCAAGACCUCGAGCCCCGUCACCACCAGGACCCGCAAGGGCUCCGUGGGCUCGCCGACCCCGCCGGGCUCAAGCAGCGGGCGCUCGACCGCAGAGACCAUGAGCUCUUUCCGCUCGUCCUUCUCGCACGCCGUCCGCCCCAUCACUUCUAAGACGAGGCUGAUCCGCGGCGGCAACCAGAAGUCGCCGCGUCGUGCCGGAUCGGCGGACUCGUGCGCGAACAGGGAGCGGAUGAGCACUGGCGAUGACGCCUUUGACUCAUGGGACACGUCGUCGGUCGACCCCCGGAGCCGGGAGAUGCUGCUGCAGACGACCGGAACGAUUGUGACGCUGCCCGCCAAGCACCUUCUCGAGACCAUCCCCGCCAGCCCCACGACCAGCCGGAGCCCCAGCCCCGGGAUGCCCCUCGAGCUCGAACCCCCGCCGCGGCGCCCGCGCAGGGCCCGAAGCUACAGCCCCGUCGGCCUGCGCGCCCGGACCAAUUCGGGUGGCAUCACGCAGCACACGAUCGUGAGCGAAUCGCACAUUCACCCACUAUUCCGCUCCGACUCGCCCACGCCCCCGCCGCUGGCCACGCCUGGCACAAUCGUGGUGGCGUCGCCCAAUGGCGGCCAGGUCCUGGCAUCAGACUCGCACAGCAUCCGGUCGCUGUCGAUGAGCAGCCGGAUGCGCAGCGGAAGCAUGCCCCAGGCUUCGAGCCCGCUCAGCCGGCAAGGAAGCGUCGAGGACUUCGCCUCAGUGAGGGGGCGGACCGGAGGUGUCUCCCCGCGCGACGACAGGCGCUUGGUCGAGCUGGACCUCCACGAAGAAGAGGAAGAAGAGGAGAGGUCCGAGAAGAAGACGGCCUCGGCAUCCGACGAAGACGAAGAGAGGCGGCUGACACCAACAAUACCCGCCAUACCCGACUGGGUCUUGACGGCCGGGUGUCGGACGAGCCUGCACCGCUACAACAGCAGAGCGCAGCGGACAGACGAGCGGUAGUGGCCACAGGUGGGCGGUGGCAGACGUGACGCUUUUACGAAUCCCGAUAUGACCUCGUUAUGCGCGGGUAGGAAUUUUCUUGCGUAUUUUGCUUUUUUUGAUUCCCCCUUGCGUUCAGGAGUCUCUGGGUCUUCACGAAAAUAAAGAGGGAAAGCCUGGGAGUCGCAGGUGGGUGACGGUUCAUGAGACGGCGGCGACGCUGUGAGGAGACCUGGGCGGAGGGGAACGAGCCUAUACCAUGUACCAACCGGUACCCAUUUCAUUGCGUCUUUUAAUGUCUGGUUUUUAUUUUUGGUUGGCCACGGGAGUGUUAUGACUUCCUUUGGUUGGCGGUUGGAGGCGGAGGGAUGAUACCACUGGAUCGGGUUUCUUUAGUCUGUUCCUCGUUACGAUUUUGUUUUCUUUUUUGUCUUAAGGAGUCUCAACUACUGGGUGCAGAUCAUUCAGAUCUUCUGCGAGCGAACUACGGAGCCAAAAAGUGCCGCUAGAUAGUUGUAAGAAAAAGAGUAAAAAUAAUAUCUAAAAGGUCAAACACCCAAUAGAUGGAAGCCAUAGAACAGGAAGUCCCGGGUAAAGAAGGACGUGGCAACGUUGAGAUCAGGAGAAAAAAAAGGAGUACCUGGUGGGAUGCUGCCCGUUCGGUCCUUUCG